UACACGUGCUAUUUUUGUAUAUAACUAAGGGUUUUUUUCUCUUCUUGCCACCGCGAUUCGGCCUUUUUAUCUUCUGAACCGACUCUUCAUAUUAUCUAUACAUGUCGACUCCGAAAGAGGAUCAUUAUUGUGGUACUCUUGGCACUAGAACACCGGCGUAUCCUUACUUGAGGCAGUUUCAAGGUGGAGACUUCGUUGAAAUGGAUCAGGGUGGACUCCUAGCUCUUGUGACGCAUUCUGACCAUUAUUCUCAAAAUAUCUCCUCUUCCCAAUGUUCAAGCCAACGGGAACAGAUCGAUGCAGGUGAGGCCCGGAAUCCGCUGUCGCCAUUUCGUUCAAUAUGGUCGCAUAGUACCUUCGUACGACCAUUACGGGAUCCCGUGUAAUCGAUACGGUCAGCAUAUGCUGCAACUCGAUCUAGGAUAUGAAGUAACCCCGGGUAUUUCUAAGGCUGAUGGACAACGCGCCAUGCUAUCACAGUUGAAACAAAUUUCCGGAGAAAUUCAAUCACUAGAGGAACUCGAGAUGCGAGUAGCGCAGCAGCUAGGGAUGAGUGAGGAUGCCGACUCGGCCGAAAUUCUCCUCAAGACCAAGCAAGACGUGAUGAACAACAGUGAUUGCUUGUCGGCGGCGCUAAAAAAACUCAACAGGCUCUAUUAUCUCCGCCUCUGUAGUAGUCGCAUUCAGUCGAAACUUCGGGUUGGCAACCCUGACGCGUCUCCCCUCCCCUUAGGCCCCCCACGACGUGUUGACGCUUCUCAAUUCUGGGCUGUACUCAUUGGCAUUGACGAGUAUGCAUCCUAUCCGCUGCUUGGUUGCGUAUCAGACGCCAGAUUAAUGGAGAAGUAUUUGAUUGAGAACCUCGAUGUACCUGGGGAUCGCAUCCAGCUCCUUCUCGGAUCGACGGAGCAUACCUCCUCUGAUCAUCCAAUGAACCCUUCCCGCACGCGCAUCAUCCACACACUUCUUAGUAUUAUCGGCAAUUCCCAGAUCAAGUACGGCGACAACAUCAUUAUCUACUACGCCGGACACGGGUCUUGCUAUCCAUGCACGGAGGGUCUUUAUAACGAGGAAGAUGACGAGAAACUCGCCGUCGAGGAAACUGGAUUCAUCGAGGCCUUGUGUCCUAUCGAUCGCGACACCGUCGACUCUAACGGUGUUCCCAUCCCCGACAUUAGCGACCGAGAAUUGAAUACCAUCCUAACCUUGAUCUCCCAGGCCAAGGGAAGUCGAAUCACAGUCAUUCUUGACUGUUGCCACUCCGGUGGAAUUACCCGAGAUUUACCUGUGCCAGGAGCGCGCACUACUCCCCGAAUGGUACGGGCGACCCUUCAGGAUAUGCUUCUUGCUGGGGAGAAGAAUCUGAAGCAUUAUCCUAGCUAUCGCUCCAUCUUAGCGAAGGACUGGCGCCCAAAUAUGGAUUGCUUUGUCGCGUUGACCGCCUGUGGAGAUUAUCAGUUUGCAAAGGCGAAGAAGGUGGAAGGAGGGUACAUCGGACUUUUCACAGACUCGCUUGUGCGUACUCUCCAGUCCGGCUACUGGAAAGAAGAGACGACGUACGCUGACCUUGUUCGGGAUUUGGAUAAGUGGCCUCAUCAGACGCCAUGCGCUGUUGGAAAUCGUAAGGACGCUCGUAUCUGGUAUCAGGAUUGAAUAUAUUAUGGGUCAUUCGUUUCACGCAUACUAUAUGACUGGGAUCUGGUUUGGCUGUUGUAGUUUUCUUUUUCUAUGCUCUCGUUUGCUUUCUGUAUCAUUCUCUGGACUUUGUUGUGGACGGACGCUAAGACACGCAUUAUGAUAACAAUAUUUAUACGGCCAUUCUAGGCGCUCCGACCUUUGUCAAUUGUCAUAGCUGGCCCAGUGGGAGUCUGGUGAUGCUCCUUUGCUCACAGAUAGUAUAUCUUAGUUAGGUUGAAUAAAUACUCUUACUUCUUUCUACAAGUCCUGUUGCGCAUGAUUUAAAUUUUCUGUAAAUUGGUAAAAAUUCAUCAUAAAUUCAGC